CACUUGACAGAACAAUGAUUAGACUCAUCAUCUGUGGAGCCGUUUAAGUCCAGGAACCGGACUGGACUUCAAAUAACAACUGGUACACGUGUCUUCUUCUACACACGUACCAGCGGCAGGUGAUGGCCUUGGUUCGAUGCUUAUUGUCGGUUAGGGCUGUUUUACGAUGAAGGCACAACCGGAAAUACAUCAUCACUCAGCUGUGUCUGACGGACGUUAGAGCAGCUUCACUAAAAUUCUUCACUCCUCUGGAGCCGCUAUCUGUGUGCGUGUGCGCGAAACCGCGGCUGUGGCGGCUCCUGCAGAGGAGCAGAACUAUCGGGACCAUAUGGACCAGAACCAGGAACCAGGGUCACAUGCAGCUUCAGACCCAGCAGCAGCGGAUUCCUUCUCCUCCUCCUCCUGCCGCAGAUUCACCAAGAACCUUCUGAAACCUGGAACCGCAGCCGAGGUCCGACGCACGGCCCUGAGCUCAGUCCGACUGUCCACACUGACGCAGGAGAAGCCUAAGCUGAUUGAUCCUCUGGACUACGAGGCCGUCAUUGCUGAGCUAACAGACGACCUGAAGGAUGACCCUCUCAGAGAUCUACUACUCUUCCCUGUCGAUGAUUUUACCGCUUUUUCACUUCCACAAGAGAGGAGAAGCCUCAAGUCCACAGUCCCUGAAGGGGCAGAUUUGCAGUCAGACUGUCUGCUGGUCAGACAGGCCUGUCGGUUCUACAACUCUGACCUGAACCUGGUCGAGUUUAAAUACGAUGAAUAUGCUGGAGAUUAUCGACUGCUGCCAAGGAAACAGUUCAAAGCAGAGAAGCUUCCAUCUCAUUCAUUUGAGAUUGACUAUGAAGACGUGGACAAAGACGAGGACACCACCUCUCUGUCUUCAUCUAAAGGAGUUGGAGGAGCAGGGGGAGGAGGAGGAGGAGGAAACAUGGGUGUGUUCCGCUCUGGUUGGCUCUACAAAGGAAACUUCAACAGCACUGUCAACAACAGCAUCACUGUCCGGUCGUUUAAGAGAAGGUUUUUUCAGCUGACUCAGCUGACAGACAACUCCUACAUCAUGAACUUCUACAAAGACGAGAAGAUCUCUAAAGAACCCAAAGGCUGCAUCUUCCUGGACUCCUGCACUGGAGUGGUCCAGAACCAUCGUCUGAGGAAACACGCCUUUGAGUUGAAGAUGAACGAGGUCACCUACUUCGUGUUGGCGGCAGAGAAUGAGCAGGACAUGGAGGACUGGAUUGCCACGCUGACCAGGAUCCUGCAGAUCAGUCCUCACGAAGUCCCUGCUCUGGACCGCAAGAGUCUGGACCUGACUGACCACCGACAAGACCUGUUGGAGCUGUCGUUGAGUACUGGCUGUGUGCAGGAGGAUGGAGAAACAACAGAGAGUGGCAUCAACCCAGAGCUGGCUAAGUUCAUCUCAGAGACAGAUGAAGGAAUUCGCUCAGCUCGAAGAGAAGAACGUCUGAACCUGUUCUCCUUAGACCCCGACACUCCUGUCCUAGGGAAUCCACAUCAUCAUCACUCCUCUGAAAAUUCACCCGUGCGUCCAUUUGAGGAGAAACUAGGCAGAAGGUUCAUGGUCUACUGCAGGUCUUUGAAUUUCCUGCUGCAAAGCUGCAUCAACGAGAACGAGCUUGGACCAGUGACCAAUAUCGAGCCCUUCUUUAUUUCACUCGCUCUAUUCGACAUCCGAGAAGGAAGGAAGGUUUCCGCAGAUUUUCACGUGGACCUGAACCACCCUGAUGUUCGGCAGAUGUUAGGAAGCUGUGAUCCAACAUGUGGAAAUGAGAAUGGUCUGGAGUCUACUGCUGGAGACUGUCUCAAUCUCAGUGCAGACCUUCAAAACUGGCUUUGUUUUCCAAAACAGGCAAUAUUCUCGGUCACCAACCCACACCCUGAGAUUCUGAUGGUGGCCAGAGUUGAGAAAGUGCUGAUGGGAAAUAUCACCAGUGGGGCAGAGCCUUACAUCAAGAACACGGACUCCAGUAAAACUCUUCAGAAGAAUGUACGGUCCAACAAACAGUUUUGCAGUAAACUAGGAAAGUACCGGAUGCCUUUUGCCUGGUCCGUCAGGCUGGUGUUCAAGGACAACAAUGGGACUCUGGACCGCGAGUCCCGAUUCUCUCCUUUAUUCAAACAAGAAAGCAACAAGAUCUCCACAGAAGACCUGAUGAAGCUGGUCACAGAGUACAGGAGGGCUGAGAAGAUCAGCAAACUGCAGACCAUUCCUGGCAGUCUGGACAUUACGCUGGACUAUGUCCCACUGGAACAUCCCAACUGUGUCACAUCCUCCUAUGUUUUGCUGAAACCCUUUGAGGAACUGGACAAACACCCACCAACCGUAGAGGUGGAGGAAUUUGUGCACGACACCAUCAGGUUCUCGCACCCACACCGGGUCUACAGGAACCACAUCUAUGUUUACCCCAAACACCUGAAAUAUGACGGUCAGAAAAGCUUUGCUAAGGCUCGGAACCUGGCUGUCUACGUUGAGUUUCGCAGCUCAGAUGAAGAAGGAGCCAAACCUCUGAAGUGCAUCUAUGGGAAAUCAGGAGGUCCAGUCUUCACCACAACAGCCUGCUCUACAGUCCUCUAUCACUCACAGAACCCUGACUUCUAUGAUGAGGUGAAGAUUGAACUUCCUACUGAGCUCCACCAGAAGCAUCAUUUGUUCUUCUCCUUCUACCACGUCACCUGUGACAUCAAUGCUAAGACCAACUCUAAGAGGAAGGAGGCUCUGGAGACUCCAGUUGGUUUUUCUUGGCUCCCCCUCCUGAAAGAUGAACGUCUGUGGUCCCAGGAGGUCAACAUCCCUGUUUCAUCUAACCUUCCUCCAGGAUACUUGACCAUGAAGGAGUCCAACAAGAUCGGAGCAGACAUGAAAUGGGUGGAUGGAGGAAAAACUAUUUUCAAAGUUUCCACUAAUGUUGUCUCUACAGUUUAUACUCAGGAUCCUCAUCUAAACCGGUUCUUCCAUCAGUGUCAGAAGAGAGAAAUGGACCUUUCAGCGCCCCCUACCUCCAACUUUAUGACAUGCUUAAAGGGAUUAUUGAGUAUGGACAGAAUUCCAGUCAUCAUUCGAUUUUUGCCUGUUCUGUUAAAUCAGCUUUUCAAGGUUCUGACAGUGAAUGAUAGUGAUGACGUCACCACUGCUACCACCAGAGUGCUGGUUCACAUAGUUUCAAAGCUUCAUGAAGAACAUCUGGAUCAUUAUCUUCAUUCCUACAUCAAGUACGUGUUUAAAUCCGAGGCUCACGGUUUCAGGACAGUCCAUGAAGAACUGGCCAAAGGCAUGACGUUUGACCUGAAGAGUAAUGAGCACACAGCGGUCAAGAAUGUCCUCCAGUUCUCCUGGUUCUUCUUUCAGCUGAUCGUUAAGUCCAUGGCUCAACAUCUGCUGGACGACAACAAGCUAAAACUUCCUCGUCCGCAGCGUUUUCCAGCAUCCUACCAGAACAGGAUAGAAGUCCUGGUGGAGACGGUUUCAGAACACAUUUUCUGGAAAAACAAGGAGCUGCCAGAGGAGUCGCGCAGUGCCAACCUCGCUGUGGCUGCUUUUGUGAAGCGCUGCUUCACCCUGAUGGAUCGAGGCUUCACCUUCAAACUGAUCAGUAACUACAUCAACAUGAUCACAGCUACUGACAGCAAGGUCCUGUGUGAGCUGAAGUUUGAAUUUCUGAGAGAGGUUUGUAACCACGAACAUUACAUUCCUCUGAGUCUGCCGAUACCUUCAGCCAGAAUCACAGAUCAUUUGUCUCCAGAGACAUGCAGCGUUCAUGGGUCAGUUCCAGAGUACAACCUGACUGGAGAGUUCUGUCGGAAACACUUUCUUACCGGACUACUGCUGCGGGAGCUGGGUCUGGCUCUGCAGGAUGAGCAGGAGCUGCGACACCUGGCUCUGUCCACACUGAAAACACUGAUGGCCAAACACUCACUGGACUCACGCUACGCCACCAAGGAGAAGCAGGCAAGAAUCUCAUCUCUGUACCUGCCGCUGUAUGGGUUCAUUCUGGACAACAUGCCCCGGUUCUUCCUCCGAGACUGUUUUCCCAUUUACUUCACCUGCAGUGACCAGGGCUCCAGAGAUGACGUCAGUGUUGGAGGGGGCAUGGCUUCUGUCAGUCGUCAUGGAAACUCGGUGGAUGUGUCUUUCUCCAGAGAAGUCCUGAACUCUAUCACAGCUUUUUCAUCCUUGGCGAUUCCUGGAGGAAACCUGACAGACUCUCGUGGGUCUGUAAUCAGCAUGGACUCCAACCCGAGCAACAGCGACCGGAACAGUGAGAAGAUGGAGCCUUGUGAGAAGUUUGCUCGUCCUCAGUCUCUGAUUGGCUGUGGCUCUCGUUGUGAUAAGUUGGACCAGGCAGAGACUCGCAGUCUGCUCAUCUGUUUCCUGCACAUCAUGAAAACUAUCUCUGAGGAUGUGCUGGUGUCGUAUUGGUCUCGAGCCGUUCACCAGGAGAUCUCAGACUUCUUCAGCAUUCUUGAGCUUUGUCUUCAGCACUUUAGGUUCUUAGGAAAACGGCACAUCGCCAGGAAGUUAGCAGCGGCACUAAAACUGGCUCAGACUACACCAACCAAUGGCGCGUUGAAGGCAUCUAACCCCUCCGGUCUCCACUCACAAUGGAUGGCAUCAUCUGGAGGGGAGGGACAUCGACAGGCUCGCUCUCAGACAGUCCCAAUAAUCAGGGGGAAGAACGCACUGAACAACCCUAAACUACUGCACAUGAUGGAGACGGACGGAAGUAUUCAGGACGGAGACUUGACUCUAAGUCCCACUGAUGUGGAGGCCAGUCUGUCCACUGAAGUCUCCCUCACAGUGUUGGACACACUGGAGCUCUUCAUCCUCCACCACAAGAAACAGCUGCAGCAGGACGACGGACAGAACCUUCUGAUGAAGAAAGUUCUGGACACCUACUUCCUGUUCUUUCAGAUCAACCAGUCCACAGCCACACUGCGUCACGUUUUUGCUGCUCUAAGACUCUUUGUGCAAAAGUUCCCCAGCACCUUCUUCCAGGGAAAAGCCGAUCUCUGUGGACGUCUCUGCUACGAGAUCCUCAAGUGCUGCAACCACCGCUCCAGUUCCACACAGACUGAAGCUGCUGCCCUGCUCUACGUCGUCAUGAGGAAAAACUUUGAGUUUACAAAGGGAAAGUCCAUCGUCCGCUCACAUCUGCAGGUCAUCAAGGCUGUGAGUCAGCUGAUUGCAGAUGCUGGAAUCGGAGGAUCCAGGUUUCAGCAGUCGCUGGCCAUCAUCAACAACUUUGCAAAUGGAGACGCUCCACUGAAGACCACAGCAUUCCCUGCUGAGGUGAAGGACCUGACCAAGCGGAUUAGGACGGUUCUGAUGGCCACGGCUCAAAUGAAGGAACACGAGAAGGAUCCGGAGAUGCUGGUGGACUUACAGUACAGUCUGGCUAACUCUUACGCCAGCACACCGGAGCUGCGGCGUACGUGGCUGGAGAGCAUGGCCAAGGUCCACGUCCGCAACGGAGAUCUUUCAGAGGCCGCAAUGUGUUAUAUUCACAUCUCUGCUCUGAUCGCUGAGUCACUGACGAGAAGAGGUUACUGGAGUGUGGACAAGUCCAGGAUGUCCAGUGUGUCGUCUAAAGACAGCCCUGUCUUUAACUGUUGCUCCUCCUCUUUACUAACUUCCUCCCACGACCCAGACACAUCCUUCUCUAUGGGCUGGGCUGCAUUUGUGGGCAUCAGCCCUAAUGUGGAGGAGGAAGGUGCCAUGAAGGAAGACACUGGGACACAGGACACACCCUACACUGAGGACACACUGGUGGAGCAGCUGGAGUUGUGUGUAGACUAUCUAUGGAAGUCUGAGCGACACGAGCUCAUCGCUGACAUUAACAAACCUGUCAUCGCCGUCUUUGAGAAGAGGAGGGAUUUUAAGCGACUGUCAGAACUUUACUACGACAUCCAUCGUUCAUAUCUGAAGGUGACGGAGGUGGUCAACUCAGAGAAACGACUCUUUGGACGCUACUAUCGAGUGGCCUUUUAUGGACAGGGUUUCUUUGAGGAAGAAGAAAGUAAAGAGUUCAUAUACAAAGAACCAAAGCUGACUGGUUUGUCAGAAAUCUCCCAGCGUUUACUUAAACUCUACUCUGACAAGUUUGGAGCUGACAACGUCAAGAUGAUCCAGGACUCCAACAAGGUAAAUCCCAAAGACCUGGACCCAAAGUUCGCCUACAUCCAGGUCACAUAUGUGGUUCCUUACUUUGAUGACAAAGAGCAGCAGGAGAAAAGGACGGAUUUUGAACGACACCACAACAUCAGACGCUUUGUGUACGAGACGCCAUUCACUUUGUCAGGAAAAAAACACGGAGACGUGGAAGAGCAGUGCAAGAGACGGACCAUCCUGACAACUAAUGCCAGCUUCCCGUACCUGAAGAAACGGAUCCAGGUGGUGGAGCAGCAAAGCGCCGAGUUGAAUCCAAUCGAAGUGGCCAUAGAUGAAAUGACCGGCAAAGUGUCAGAACUGACCCAUCUGUGCAGCGUGGACGAGGUGGACAUGAUACGACUGCAGCUGAAGCUGCAGGGCAGCGUCAGCGUCAAGGUGAAUGCUGGACCCAUGGCUUACGCCCGGGCGUUUUUAGAAGAAAAAAAUGCAAAAAAGUAUCCAGACAACCAGGUGAAGCUGCUGAAGGAGAUCUUCAGACAGUUCGCAGAGGCCUGUGGUCGAGCUCUGAACGUGAACGAACGUCUGAUCAAAGAGGAUCAGCUGGAGUACCAGGAGGAGAUGAAACUGCACUACAGAGAUCUGCUGACUGAACUGUCAGCCAUCAUGAAGGAACAGAUUUUGUACACGAAACCAGGACCAGACUGACUGACCUCAAUCAAGGACCAGGACACGCCCACUGAGCAGUCAUUGAACUAAACACCCAGUUACCUGACAGGAAGUCCAAUUUCCCUUAGUUUGUUUUUUUUAUUGGUAGGAUUUAUUGUAUGUGAUGUUAAAAUGUAACUUGUGACGAAUGUAAAAACAAACUAACCACGCCCACUGAACAGUCCGACCACGCCCACUGAGGUACAAAAGGUAAAUAUUUUUGAUGCUAGAUCUCGUCCAUCAGUUGUUGUUUUUUUUUGUUUGUUUUUUUCUUUGACGUGAAUGUGCGACCUGUGGUGAAUGUAAAAAAUUUAAAUUGUCAUGAUCAGGGUUUCUUAUUUGAAGGUGAGGUUUUCAGGCCAAAGGGCUGAACCUGAUACCGACAUCCUCAUCAUCAUUCUUGCAUUUUACCACACACACACACAGACACCUCCACACACACCUCCACGACUCUGCCCCCUAUAAAACUGUGACAUUCUAAACCCUGGGUGCUUUCAUUUUUAUUUUCCAGUAAAAUUUUAACUUUUUUAGGAGAAUUUUUCAUGAACAAAAAACAGGUAAACAUUUUUAAAAAGCUGUUUUUUAAUGAACCAAGAAGAAGCCGAGCUGAGGGCUCUUCACUUCCUGUUUGGAUGUGGGACACGUUCCUGUUACAGUUGUUAAAAAAACACAACUACAAGCUUUUGAAAAGAAACAGUUUUUAGUAUUUUAUGACUGACAUUUCAAUGUUAAUGUUUUAGUUUCAACUGUAAAUAAUAAUUAUUGAUAUUUAAGUCUGAGAUGUUUCUCUUUAUAAAUAUUUACAUGUAAAAAAUAAUAGUUUAGAAUAAAUAAAAGUAACAAAAAACUCAAGUUUUAUGGAAACAUUUGAAAUAAAGUCUGGUUCAUGUUCAA